CUCACUACGAAAGUACAUUUAAAGAGAACUGUAUGGAGAGAAGAGAUAACACAGCGAGGAGACGCACCAACACAUCACCCACAACAACAACAACACCUGAGACUCUGUAGUCAGGGAUAACUCAAUCACAUCGGGAAUCUUCUGCGUUUUCUGGUGUUAUUUCUGGAGAGAUUUGGAGAUGUCCAACGUCCAGUUAUCGAGCAGCGCGUUGGAGAAGCUGGUGGCCAGGAGGACCUUCCCUCUCCACAGACGCACCAGUGUCUGUCGGAACCUCUUCGGACCCGUGGAUCAUGACGAACUGAGCCGGGAGAUGAAAGCCAGACUUCGGGAGAUUUCCGAAAGGGAUCAACAGAAAUGGAACUUUAAUUUCGAGGCCAACACCCCGCUGGAUGGGGAUUACGAAUGGGAAGAGGUCCCCGUGGAUAAGACCCCGAGCUUUUACCAAGACUCUGUACAGAACGGGAGGGUCCGGGUGCCGGAGACGCCCGUCAAGCAAAGACCCUCCUCGGACUCCGCAGUCCCAGACACCCCUCGUAUGGAUGUACUAGAGCGCUUGACCGUACCUGAAAGCAGCAGCACUCCCUUCCCGGUGGAGGUCAACCAGGAAAACCGCACGGACAAGCUGAACUCAGGGAAGAAGCAUCUCAGACAGGUCCCGUGUGUCAGACGCAAGAGGACGGCCAGUGCGGACAACAACACACACAUCACAGACUUUUUCGUGAAACGAAGGAGGUCUACUGAGAGAAAAUCUACCGAUAUGAUCGCCUGCCACCACUCCAAGUCUCCAAUCCCGGUGGAACAAACACCGAGGAAGAGGAUCCGUUGAAGGUGAUUUUGCACUAUUUGCUUGCGCAUUUUGGAGGAUCUCGGGGUGAAGGAUUCUUCUCCCUGCUUCUUGUGACGCCGGAGGGACGGUGUGAGAAGAGAAGCCCGACCGGAGAGAGGCUGCCUUGGCUCCGUGCGUCACGGCGGAGCGCAGCCCGAACACCGGAGCAGACUCUCAGGACCGCACGGUUAGGGGGGGAAGGGAGAGGAGAGAGAGAGAAAGACAGAGAGAGAGAGGACAUUUCGCCGAAUGACUUCUAUCCAGUACAAAUGUAGCAUACAUUGUUGCUUUUGCAUACAGCCACUCGACAGUGUUAAAUGUUUUAACAUCUGUGCAAUCCUAAAGUAGCUACUUUAAAAAAAAUGUCUACACUGGCCAAAAGUGUACAGCUUUAUAGAGACAAUUAAUUGUUUAUUUCUGUUCUGGUUUUCUGUAAAUAUAUAUUUUUAAGACUAUUCUAACUUAUAAUUUAUUUAUGUUUCUUUAUAUUUGUUAAAUGCCUUGUUGAUUUAGCCAAAGGGCAUAUUUUUAUUUUUAUUUUAUGCUAUUUUAUUUACAUUUGUUGUGAUGAUUUGCAAUCAUGUAGCUUCCUAUAGUAGCCGACACUUGAAAAUAGUUUCUUUGUGUUCUGAGCCGUUUUUUUUGUGUGUUUUCACGUUUUCAUACAAGUCCCCUAAUUGUGUCUUGCAAAGGGUGAAAAUAAAUAUUUUUCAUUUAAACCUUAA